AUGUCGUACAACAGCAACCACUAUACACCACGGUACAACAGUAAUUCGUCGCGAAAGUUGCACGAACAAGCAAAGAAGGAAACGGGACACCCAACUGGCGCUUUCUCUUCUUCUUCCACCUCAAAUACAUCUUCAGCGCCUAACGGACCACCGCUGCGAAUCAGAGAUAAAAAUUUCAGAUCAUCAUCAUCAUCAUCAUCAUCGUCUUCGACAUUGCCAUCAAGUCUGGGACAUGGCCGAAGAGAUUAUUAUAUCGGCACUGGGUAUGCUAGCACUACAGCUAGUAGUAGGUCGCGGUAUAAUGAUUCAUAUAUUCUGCUGAAAGCGUCUGCUGGAACUGGACAAGGAAAUACCUCGCGGCCAUCGGCUACAACCCCAUCAACAACGUCAUCGACUUAUCACGUAACUAGCAAAGAUUAUAGAGGCGGUGGUAGUGGUUCAACUUCGUAUUACGGUUCUGGUAGCUCGGUAUCGAGUCGAAGAAGCGGUGCUCCACCACUUCAUAGAUAUGGUUCCAACUCAAAAUACUCACUGGAUGCGACAGGUGGAGAAAAGUUUAUAUCUCGUUCCGGUGCCUCAACGGCUGGGACAAGCGGAGCCACCACGAAUGCCAAAACUGGGUCAAGUGUAAAUGCACCAUCGAUAAGUUCUGGAUAUAGAGAUGAAAGACGUUCAAGAGUUAGUGUGGAGGAACUGGAAUCCAAUGUUGUGACAAGCAAGGAGAAGGAUCACCACUCAGCGUCGACAAAAGUGAGUCCCACUGCUUCUGAAGCAUUCAUUUCAACAACAUCUAGGAAUUUAAAGGAAAACUUCUCGAGAAAGUCGAGUAUCGAAAGUGUAAAGAAAAAAUCGAUAAGUAAUAGUAGUAGUGGUAGUGGCGUUGGCGCAAGUUCGAUUUUUGAUAUAUCGAGACGGGAUUCAGCAAGAGAUAAUGAUAAAAAGGAGAUUGACUUACCGAAACAAGUUACACCUUCAAGUCAUGAUUUGGUUACAAAGAGUAAACAAUUGGACGAAAAUAGGAAUGCCCUGAGAAAAAACAGUGUUAGGUCGAGUUCAUUUAGUAAGGGUUCUGACAAGACUGGUGUAACGAUGCGUGAGCUUUUAGACCUGGAUUCGAAAAAGAUGCAAGAUCUAAAAGCUUCUGCUGUUAAAGACAGAGAAAUAACAAGAUAUGAAGAUAAGAUUGGUAGUUCUAUUGUGGAUGACAGGGAUGCAACCCCAAAUCUGGAGCAGGAAACAGGGACCAAACACAAGGAUACAAGAAACCAUGAAGAAAAUAGUAGUGACUCGAGGAAAGAUCUUUCACGAGAGAGGCAAAGUCUGAUUGAAUCCAAAAAUGUGGAGGCGCAGUCACCCACAUCGUCGUCAUCGUCAUCAUCAAUGCCAACUUCGAUGGUGAUGAAGAAGACUUCAUUAAGCGAUUAUUUAAAGAAAUCUAAAGUCAAAAAGAAGGCAGUUGAAUCAUCUGUCAAACUGGACAAUAAAACUGACGAAUCACUUAGUGUGGAGAAGAAAUUGGAUUCCAGAGAUGCCAAUGCAGUCCACAAUACAAGUGACUUGGGAUUGGUAGGAAUUAGUAUUGAUGCGUCUAAAAGGAUUCAAAGAGAUGCGAAGGAUGAAACCGGCGCUGCUUCUGGCGUUGAAGUAAAUGAUGAUAAACCUAUAUUGACUGAUGGAAAGGAAGCUCAUGAAGGUGCUGGAAAUUCGGAAGUAGAGAAGGAUGAGAUUAUGGAUGAAGCAGAUGUUUCUGCUAAACCUCAUGAAGUGCUGAAGAACAUUACCAACCAAAAUGAAGGCGAGAAAGUAGACGACCACAAGGAUCAAGUCGAUGAAAAGAUGAAAGAUGCAGUUGAAGAAAUUGAAGAGUAUUUAGCAGAGCCUCAGCCAAAUGAAUCUGAUGAUAGGGAUAAGGCUUCAAUCAAGGCAUUUCACUAUUCUCAGCAAACAUCAGAGCCUCGCAUCACUUCUGAGAAAACCACAACAGAAACCACAACAGAAGAUCAUACAUCGCAAGACCAUAAGGAAACUGAAAAAGAAUCUGGGGAAAAGAAUGAGAUUUUGAUGACCCCAAGAACUAAAUUGAGUCGUUCUGAUUCGUACACAGAAGACACAUCAAUGCUAUCGCCGGUUAAUGAAUCAGAACUCGAUGCUAAUUUCAAUUUCAAUGAAAUAGGCACAAUACCCGAGCUAUCUGAGGAAAAUGCAAUCACCAAUACGGAAGAGAAGGAAUCAGAAACAGUAACUGCAACAGUAGCGAAUGAAAAAUCACAGCCAGUUUCAAAGAAAGAACUUGACAAUAAUGAGUUCGAGCUUUGGAAAUCAGAUGAGGAUGUCCAUGACAAUGAAGAGUUAUCAGAGGCAGAAACAGUUAUUGGCACGCCACCACCUCGCUUAAAUCAAGGGGCCAAUUUGUUAAAAAAGAAACCACAUGAUAUUGAUAGGCACAACUUGAAGAUGAAAAAGAGGGUUGUUAGCUCGUCUGAUGAGGAGGAGGAUGACGACGACGACGACGUUGUGCAAGAAAGAAAUACAUCUAGGUUGACUGAACAUGGCCCUAAAGUUGAUAUUGAGAAGAAGACACAAACCCCAGAGCCAAGAUCAAACACCUUUUUCGAAUCAAAGGACAAGAAAUUGGUAACUGGCAAGGCAAUCAAAAAAGCGCCAUAUAAAAUCAAACGUGAUUCAAGUGGGAGGUCACUUUUGCAACGAUCAUGUAAGAAGGGAAACCUUGAGGAUGUUAAGGAUUAUCUUAACCGAGGUGCUAGUGCUAAUGAAAAGGAUUUUUGUGGAUUCACCUGUCUUCAUGAGGCGGCAUUAGAGGGCCAUGAUGAGAUUGUUCAAAUUCUUAUAGACCAUGGAGCUAAUGUUAAUGCUAAGGCUGAUGAAGCUGGAGAUUGUGAAACUCCCUUGAUUGAUGCCGCGGAGAAUAUGCAUCUUGAAACAGUGAAACUUUUAUUGCAAAAUAAUGCUGAUCCCACCAUUUUCAAUAUUGAUGGAUUCACUGCAUUGACCAAGAUUUACAAUGAACAUGCUGAUGAAGAAGGCUAUGACGAAAUAAUCAAAGUCUUGGAGGAUGCGACUAAUAAAUCAACCAACCGCAAGGCAAUUGUAACUACAACAAAAGCGGGACCUCAUGAUGAAUCCGAAUUUGAGAUUAUUGACGAUCCAAAUGAAUUUUAUUUUGCUGGAUUGAUUAAACGCAAAGGUAUAUUCAAAUGGGCUGCUGAAAAUCAAAAAGAAGUGGUUGCUAGUCAUUUCGUUGCUGGAAAUAGUCUUGGAGAUAAGCCAGACAUUUUAAUUCUUGCUGCUAGAAAUGGUCAUUCGGAAUUGAUUGAUAUCAUAUUGGGUUUGAAUCCAACUACCUAUAAUAUCGAUACUGAAAGUAAAUGUGGAGUCACGGCAUUGUUGGCUAGUGUGGGACGAGGUCAUUUUGAUGUUGUACAGUCAUUACUUUCCAAAGGAGCCGAUCCAUUCAAGACUAGGAAAAAGGAUGGGCUAACUGCGUUGGAAAUUGUUCAGCAUUCUCCCCAUUUUGAUCCAAGAGAAGUUGAAAUUAUUCAAGAUGCGAUGGAAAAGAAAAGUGGUACCAAGGUUUUAUCAUCUGUGCCUUCAAGAGUUGUGUCUCGAUCUGCAUCGAGAGCGCCUUCUGUGCCGGUAUCUGAUGACGAACUGGAAGAAGAAGAAAAAGAAGAAGAAGAAAAAGAAGAAGAAGAAGAAAAGGAGGAGGAGAUGAAGAUGGAGAUGAAGAUGGAAGAGGUGAAGUCUAAACGAGGAGAUGAUACACAUGGAGAGAGAAAUGUUGAUAGAGUCACGACCAAUUCUCAGGACGAGGUUGCGGACAAGAUGGAUAUUGAUGAACCUGUUGAGGAAGUCGUGAAUGACGUGCAUGAAAGGAAAGCUAGCCGCAUGGAAGAGAAUCCCUCAACUGAAAAACUUAAUAAUGAUGAGGCGAACAAAAAGAAAAGAUAUGAUUCUGAACCUAUUCAACAUGACCGCCAUGCAGAUGCAAAUAUUUCCAAGAAGGCCAUCCAUGACGAGGAGUCCAAGAAGAGAAAACAAGAAUUUGAAUCAGCACUGGAACAUCUGUUGAAGAAGACCAAAUCAGAAAGCCUGAUAAAAACAAGUGACAAGAAUCACAUUCAUCCAACACAAACAGCUGCAAUUAAACCUGCCUCAAGUGAUUCAACUGUACCAAAGUUGCACAACAAUUCGUUUGAAAAGUCGCUGUCGCCAUCUACCAUUCCCCCAUCUAAUGAUAACUUAUCUGAUGCUAAAAUGAGAACUAGUUCCCCAUCUCCACCCCCACCGACAAUAUCAGCAGCGGCACUUGAAGAGCAAAAAAUUAAAAGUGCAGAAGAAGCUCGUAUUUGGCAAGAGAAAGUUGAAGCUAAAAAGAAAGCACGUCGGGAAAUGUUUUUGAAAUCGGAAAAGGAGAAGGAAUUGAAAAAGAAGGAGGAAGAAGAAAAAAAGGCUAAACAAGAACGAGAAUUGGCUGAAAUGAAACGAGAACAAGAUUUAAAGUUGAUUCAAGAAUUGGAACGCAAAUCAAAAGCAUUGGAAGCUAAGAAAGUUGCCAUGACGCAAAAGAAGGUGCUUGAUUAUUAUCCUAUAGGAUUAAGAAGAUUGAAAUUGAAUUCUACUCCUACUGAAGCUACUAUUGCCAAGUAUUUGCCAUUUUAUAUAUUCAUCAUCAACGAUGUUGAAUACGUUUUAGAUCUUCAAAUUUCAUUGCUUACAUUGACAAAAUUUGUUGAAUUUGAAUCUGAAUCUGAAUUAGCUAAUAAUGAAGACAAGCCAAUAAUGUUUGUUGAAUCUGAAGACAAGAUCAAGUUAUGGAAAUUAUUUUAUAAAUUCAUUGGCAUCAAUCAUAAAUUAACUAAUGUUGCUGAAAUCAUCAAGUUUCGUAAACAAGGAGAACAAUUGUUUGAUAAUUUAUUGAUGAAAUUUAUUCCUUACAAUGAUAUAAUCCCUAUUAUUGAACGGAAAUUUCCUCAGGUUUACCAUAGGAUUAAUGAACUGAAACCGGUUGUGGUAUUGUUAGAUUCGUUACGUGGAUUUGAUGAUUUGAGCAAUGCUGCAGUGAAUGUUGAAGACAACGAUGAGAAGGACAAUAACAACAACAACAAUAACAAGAGGAGCGGCAGUGGUGUUGAUGUCAAUGUGAAGAUGUUAUCGAGAUUUAUUCCCCCACAUUUGAGUUACAGAAAAGAUAUUGUCAAGACUGUUAGGGCUGCUUAUAACCCGCUUUGGAUUUCAAGACAGAAUCUAUAUCAUGAUGAUUCAGAAUCAGAAUUUGAGUCGGAAUCAGAUGGAAUAGGUUAUAUUGCACCAAAGUUGGAAUUUGAAUUUGUUGAAGUGGAUACUACUACAACUCCCCAUCAAGAUGAUAAUAAUGUAGCAGAAGAAUCAAAUGAUGUCAAUGAAGAGGAUCAAGAGUUUGCAUUCCCCUUGUUUGCCUCAGCCAAGCCAACACAAGAGAUUGACUCAAAGCAACCUGAUGGGUCUGAAGAAAGAGGUCGUUCGAAAACCGCACAACCAGUUCAAAAAAUCUCCCUUCGUGAUCACUCGGAAGAACGAAUAGAUAAUGAACGACCUCAAUCAUAUUACUUUGCAUCAUUCUCACUGGUGGAGAGAUUUCAAUUUGAACAAGCUGCCGUUUCAGCUAAUGAUAUUUAUGCUCAAUACUUUAUUCAGCCAAACGAUUACAAGCUAAUGCACUUGAAUGAAUAUAAUGCAAAUAUCGAUAAGGAACUACAGAAGGAAAAAGCAAAGAAAGCAAAGAAUCGACCAGGAAAGAAGAAAAGACAAAGCCGAAUCGCGUGUCGCGAACGCAGACUUGAACGUGUUGCCAUUGCCAAAAAGAAAGAAAAAGAACGUAAAUUGAAGGAGAAACAGGAAAAGUUUGGAAAAUUUAAAAAACAAGGUGGAAGGCAUUUGAAAAGGGUGUUUAGUAAAGGUGGUCAAGGGCGUAGCAAAAGUACGGGUAAUGGUAGUCCUGCCAGUGGUGCCAGUGGUGCAAAAUCUAAGCCAAAGUAUAGAACAGAAUAA